AGAGAGGGUCCUGGAAGUACGAAGCACUUCCGCCAUUCUCAGCCAUGGCUGCUGCAACCAGCAAAAAAGCGAUGAGAUUUCUCUCACAGUUUGGAGCCUUUAUCUUGACUCGAUUCGGGUUCUGGAACAGUUUCAGCAUGCUUAUGCUAUUUGCGGAGCGGGCAGAUGUUAAAAGGAAGCCAGAUAUCCAGGUGCCGUACCUGUAUGUGGACUUGGGAGCUGCAGUGUUGUGUGCCAGCUUCAUGUCAUUUGGGGUGAAGAGAAGAUGGUUUGCAUUGGCUUCUGCCAUUCACUUGGCCCUGAGCGCAUAUGUGUCCUAUGUCAGUGGACAGGUACAUUAUGGUGACUGGUUAAAGGUGAGGAUGUACUCCAGAGCAAUGGCCAUUAUUGGAGGCUAUCUGGUAUUGGCCAGUGGAGCAGGAGAGGUUUACAGACAGAAGCCUCGCACACGCUCCCUCCAGUCAACUGGACAGAUCUUCCUAGGGAUCUACUUGAUCUGCAUGGUGUACACACUACAGCACAGUAAGGAAGAUAGGCUGGCCUACCUGGACCACAUUCCUGGUGGAGAGAUCACGGUCCAGCUACUAGUUGUUGUGUUUGGAGUUCUAGCACUCUCGUACCUCUCUGGCUAUUAUGUACGAGUGGCCUCCCAGAUCUUAGCAGUUCUGUUGCCUUUUGUUGUGCUGUUCAUCGAUGGCAAUAUUGGCUAUUGGCACCACACCCGCCGAGUGGAGUUCUGGAACCAGUUGAAGCUCAUCGGACAGAAUGUCGGCAUCUUUGGAGCAGUGCUUAUUCUAGCCACAGAUGGCUGAACAUCUGGGAAUAAAUAUAACAGUUUUGUAUAGGCCGUGCUUGGGACAAGCACCACAGUUCAGCUUUUGUCUCAGGGGAUCAUUCGAUGGUAAUAUAUAGUUUAUUGCCCAGGCAGUGACAGAGGUUAAGUACGUGUAUUCAAGUGUACAAGAGGUUUCAAUUAUCAGCUUGCACAGGACUCGUACACCUCUGGAAUCUCUUAUCGCAAACACAGUGGCUUUAAAAGACUGUUUACAUUUCAUUUUGUGGUUUAUAUGCGUUAUUUAAACUUUGAAUACUUACCUAAGUCUUAAAAAUGAUAUUGAACUUGAAUGAUACAUUUUGGUUUUGAUGUUGUGGAGAUGUAGGGUUUUUCCCCCAUGUUACUGCUUUUUUGCAGUUUGCAUUUAUUCUGCACUGCACAUACAGCUUGGAUAAAACUCACAAUAUUGUCAAUUAAAAACAAUCAUUGUUUUGUGUAGAACUUUGGCAUGUCCUGAAUAUAUUGUAUAGCAGGAUGACCGUAAUACUACCUUAAGAGGUCCAU